AUGGUGUCGGUAGAAAGUCUUUUGUCAGAGGUGACCACAUUAUUUGGCUACCAACUGACAUUGAGAGCAGCGGAUGAAUUAUUUUUUGGUGAUAAAAUGCUCUACCACUACCACUCAAACGAUGGAUCAAAGAAAGGAAUAUCUGAUCGCAGUAGUCCAAAUUGCAUGAAUAAGAGGAGAAAUCAGGAAGGCAAAUGUCCUAGUAACAGUAUGCAUGAAAAACCUGAUGGAUCAGAUGGCUUACGUGACGCUAUCGCUAAUGCCAGAAAAACACUGAAGCGAGCGCUGGAUGAUACUAGUGGUUCAUUUUUAGAAGACCUAGCUGGUAAUGCAUUAGCAAAAUUAACUGGAGAAGUUGUCGCGUUAAAGAAAGUAAGUGAUGAAAUGCGAAAUGAAAUCCAGAAACUACGUGAAGACUUCCAGAAGAUACUGAAUUAUGCCCACCAGGGUCAUGAGAUUUCUCUACCUGCUUUGAUAAAGGAAUCAUCAGAAAUUCAAAAACCAUUAGAAGUAUCAAAAGAGGAUUUUGAUUUAUUUGAAUCAUCGGAUGAAGAUGAUGCAGAAAAAGAACGUAUCAAACAGGAAAGGCUGAAAGCUUAUGCUGAGAAAAAGGCAAAGAAACCAGGAUGCAUUGCCAAGUCUUCUAUUAUUUUGGAUGUGAAACCUUGGGAUGACACGACAGAUAUGCAAGAAAUGGAAAAAUUUGUUAGGAGGAUUGAGAAAGAUGGUCUCGUUUGGGGCGCUGCAAAAUUGAUCCCGCUUGCGUACGGUAUUAAAGUGCUGCAAAUUAUCUGCGUUGUGGAAGAUGAAAAAGUUUCUGUGGAUGAUCUUAUCGAGCAGAUAACCGAAGAAGUAUCGGAUCAUGUGCAGAGUGUCGACAUUGUUGCCUUCAACAAAAUUUGA